AUGUGCCGAAAAAUAGCAUUCGGCCUCGUUUGGGCGUUGUUCUUGCUCGCUGCCAGGCACGUGUCUGGCAACGAAAACGACAUCGCCACCGCGGUUCCUCCGGAACCAGCGCAGCCGGUCAAGAAUGAUGAACAUAAUUCACCCGCUGGACACGGUGAACACCGCUCGCUCGAUCCAGAAGGUACGCCAGCUUCCUCUGCUGUUCAACCGCUCACACACUGCACAGGCACCUUCACCGAGUCACUCAAGGACAAUGUGACCAAGGCUACCCCGUCCGAGCGCCUAGACGAGAUGUCUAAGGACGUGAUCAAGGAGAUGGCAACGAAUCCGUACUUCAAGAUUCCAAAGUACGAUCGCAAACUGCGCGAGCUAGCAGUGUUACACCCAAGCGUCAUGGAGAAGCUAGGAGUGUACGUGAUUCCUAUAAAGCCAUCGUCGUCUAAAGACAACGCCGAUACACAGUGUGUUAACAGUUGCCCUUCUAGCCAAUACUUUGCUAGUUUCAACGACGAAAAACCCGCGGAAGGCCAAGAGAACAAAGCAGAAGAGGCAAAUUCCUCGUCUAAUGCGCCUAUAAAGUCCAAUCUAGCUUACAUUCUCAAGCAGUCAGAGAUGAUCAAGGCAAUGACACCGGAGGAGAAGCUGCAGUUCAUCCCCCGCCUGAAGGAAACCAUCGUAUACGAGAUCAUGAGCAACAUGCGCACUAUAGAAAAUCUGAGCGCACAACUCAGUCACGAAUCGACAUUCGGCUCCAACUAG